AUGCUUGACAGAACUAAGUUAUUUCACUCAAAAUUCUAUCCAUUCACAGGUAUUCGCUGCGCUACGUUGGGAGCGCCUUCUAGUGGCAAUGUAGGAUGCACUAAUACCAAUUUCGUUUCAUCAGUCUGUACGUUCUCCUGUGUCUCUGGGUAUCGUCUUGUUGGCUCCGAAACAAGGACGUGCUAUCGCUGGUCGAACACAGGUCUGUGGACAGGCUCCAACCCAUUUUGUGAGCGAGUCACAUGUAAUUCGUUGGAUGACCCAACCAAUGGUGCAUGGAGCUGUAUGGGUACUUCCUACUAUGGCAGUUCAUGUACCUUAUCCUGCGACUAUGGCUACACUCUUGAAGGCUCACAGCCAACACGGACCUGCUUGCAGAGUGGCCAAUGGUCUGGAACUGAAGGCACCCUAGAUUGUAUCGAUAGCCUCGCGCCAACCAUUACAGGAUGUCCUUCAUCACAGAGCGUUCUCGCACCACCUCUAGUAACAUCUGCUAUCGUGAUGUGGGCUACGCCAUCAGCAGCCGACAAUUCCGGGGAGGCAGUCACUGUUGUCCUUGAACAGGGUUCUGCAUCCGGGAGUACGUUUGAAGAAGGCGACCAUCUUAUUACAUACUCUGCAACGGACAAUGCACAGAAUAAGGCAACGUGUCUGUUUACUGUGACGGUGGAAGUUGUGUAUUGUCCUGCCCUGGCUGCCCAUCCACCUCUUCAGAUUAGCUGCCCACAGAGUAACAUCCGUGGUUCAGAGUGUACCUUUAGUUGCAGUACAGGAUACAGUCUUCAGGGACAAGAGACCCAGCUAUGUGUGCUGACGGGCUCAACGGGAAUGUGGAACAGCAUAACACCGUCUUGUCAAAUCACACAGUGUAAUGAGCUACCGUCUUUGGAAAAUGGUGGAAUAACAGGAGCUUGCAGCAGGGAUUACGGAUCUAGCUGCCAUUUUGAGUGCCAUGUAGGAUAUGAAAUCAACAAUGACGUUCGUACUUGCGUUGCUCAACCUGGAAGCUCGUCUGUUUUCUGGGAUGGCGAGUCACCAGUUUGCUCCAGAAUCUACUGUACCAAACCAUCAUUAUCCAUCGGUCUUCAGAUUACAGUCACUUCCCAAUGUCCGUCAGGAAGACAAGUGUCAUCGGGUAACCAAUGCCACUUCAUUUGCUCAGAGGGAUACCAUCUUCAAGGUAGCGAAGAUUUAACAUGCCAAGAAGAUCACACUUGGAGCAGUACCAUCCCAACUUGCCAAUUAAUCAACUGUGCAGUUGCAGACCUAUCUGUCCCAAUGUUCGCUGUGAAACAAGGCUGCACGACCGGAGAAGUAAACUACGGAACAGUUUGCACACUUUCCUGUCAAGAAGGUUAUGAACCUACUGGAUCUGGGGAAAUGACAUGCUCAGACGAUGGAAAUGGUGUUGGGACUUGGUCUGGGGAUUCCAUCGAAUGCACCUUGGUGACCUGUUCAGUCCCCAUACCAGUAUCAACUGUCACUACCGUGAAUUGCUUAUACAAUGGCGAAUCGACUGUAACAUCAGAAAGACAGAAAUAUUCUACUGCAUGCAAUUUUCAGUGUGAUGAUGGCUAUUCAUUGGUGGAAGGCUCACAUGUGAGAGUUUGCUUGGCUACUGGUGAAUGGGAUGGGAUUCCAGUGUUAUGCAGAGACAUAACACCACCUGACCUAACCUGUCCUGAGGAUAUCGUGCUGAAGGCUGACCCAGGGAUGACGAUGAGUAAGAUACAAUGGAGCCGAUGGGAGCCUAUUCUGGCCUCAGAUCUUGGAAUGAGUAUUGAAGCAACUCUUUACAGCAUUAACUCUGAUGAAGUAGGACCCAACCGCCCAUCCUUGUUCUCAGAAGGUAGUCAUACACUGGUUUAUGAGGCAGAAGACGUGUCUGGGAAUAAGAUUGAUUGCUCUUUUUCUGUCACAGCCAAAGUUUGCAGAUGUCCGCCAUUAUCCAUUCCUGAGAACAGCAUUGUAUCUUUAGCGGCAGGAGUGGGGUCGUGUAAUGGAGGAGUUGUGUAUGGAUCGGUGUGUACUAUCAGAUGUGAGCUUGGCCAUACCUUGUCAACAGGGGGCAGGUCUUUGAACAGAACUUGUGACAUUUCAGAGUCCGGCCCAAACUGCGAUGCAAUGUGGAGUAGCCCCGAUCCAGUCUGUGAGAUUGUUAGAUGUGAUGUUCCCGACGUUACAAAUGGCUUGUCAGAUUGCCCGUCUUCUACAGUGGCCUAUCUUACAUCGUGCGGGUUUUCUUGCGAACCUGGUUAUAGGGCGCCCUCUGGAGCGGACAGCUAUUUGCGUACAUGUCAAGCAGACUCUCAGUGGAGUGGGGAGGAUUUUCAGUGCACUGAUUUGAUCACAUGCCCAGCUCGAUUGGCUAUCCCCUAUGGCAGUGCGACACCAUCUGAAUGUUCAUCAUCUGAUUUCGUUCAAUUUGGUUUCACAUGUGAGUUUACAUGCCAAACUGGUUUUCGACUGGAAGGUCCUGGCAGCGUGUUGUGUAAUACGGACGGAAAUUGGAGCCCAAAUGGUGAUUCCUUCUGCGUUGAUAUACAAGCUCCUACAUUUGACGUGGCUUGCCCUCAUCGCAUUAAUGCUGAUGCUCUACGUGAACGCACCACCGCGGAAGUUUACUUUCAGGAACCCAAUCCAAUUGACAACUCUGGAAAUGCUACCAUAAAGAGACUGGAUUUGGGGUAUGCUCCUGGGAGUGAAUUUCCAGAAGGCGAUACGAGAAUUCGAUACAAGGCAACCGAUGCUUUUGGACUAACUUCAUUGUGUGACCUUAUCAUAACAGUGAAUGUUCACCGCUGCUCCGUCCAACAGCCGCCCCUUCACGGGGCCGUUACUGGCUGCGUUGACUCUUUCAUUGGAAGUCAAUGCUUGUUUUCAUGUGAUGUCGGGUAUAAUCUGAUGGGUACAUCAAGUUUGCAGUGUGAACUAACAUCCGAUGGUACGCCUGCAUGGAAUGACCUCACUCCGACUUGCCUGAUUCAAACAUGUCCAUCUCUGCAAAUUCCUGAGUUUGCUUCUCUUUCUGGAUGUGAUAGUUCACCCGUGCCUUUCGGGUCCAUUUGUACAUUCUCCUGUGAACUGGGUUAUACUGGCAUUGGAGAAAGCAUAAAGAGCUGUCUGGAAGAAGAGGUGUGGUCUAGUACAAGCUUUGUAUGUGAAAGACUACCGUGUGAAGUGCUGUCUGAACCAUCAUCCAUUAUGAUCUUACCAGAGACUUGUUUGUCCGAUCCGCGCUUCGGCGAUGUCUGUUCACUAGAAUGUGAACAGUCUGGUUUCAAGAUAACACCUCCUGGUUUGAAGGAGGUUACUUGUUCCAGUGAUCAGACCUGGACUGGCGAGGUAGAACAAGCUCAAUGUGUGGAUUUGGAGCUUCCAGUAUUCGAGGACUGUCCGUCAGAUAUAGUCGCUUUUGCGAGCAAAAGCUCAGAUAAGGCCAAUGUGGAGUGGUCAGCAGUCGCUACGGACAAUGACCCAUCACAAGAACCAGUAGUGACCUGUAAUCCCCAGCCUGGGAUCUUGACCAUAGGUGUACAUGUCGUCAGAUGCAGUGCGCUGGAUGAAGCCGGUAACGAGGCUUCCUGUCAAUUCACAGUGGAGGUCAAAGCGCGACAGUGUCAACCUCUAACUCCUCCUGCACAUGGCAUUGUAAUGGACACUUGCGACACGACCUACGGCUCUACAUGUCACAUAGAAUGCUCUGAAGGUUAUCUUUUGGUCGGUUCUUCCAUUGGAAACUGUGAAUUCGAUGGAACUAACAUGUUUUGGCAAUUCGAGAAUGAACCUCUGUGCAUAACGACCAGCUGCAAUCCACUUGAUGUUCCCGAUCCAAUCCUAUUUUCCCCUGCGUCCUGUUCCGGGUCGGGCAUGGUGCAUGAUGGGACAGUGUGUACCUUGAGCUGUGAUUUCCACCUGACAUUGGAAACAGAGGUAGAAUUAUUCACCUGCCUCAAGGGGGAGUGGAGUCAACAACCCUACGUGUCAUCAAUCCAGUGCAUAGAUGAAGUUCCUCCUACACUCACCUAUUGCCCACCACAUAUCUUGACUACUCGUACCGAGUAUUGGGGUGUGGAGGAAAGUUUUGUUUACCCAUCAGCAGAAGAUAACUUCGACAUGGAACUACAAGUAACCGCUGACCCCCUAGAUUUAAUGUCCCCCUACACCUUCACGUCUGAUACGACAUGUACAUACACAUUCACUGAUGAUGCAGGGAAUAGUGUGUCUUGCGUCUUCCAAAUUGACAUCACUAAUGACGUUCAACCAGUUAUAACAUCAUGUCCAACUGGUGGUGAGGUGAAUACAAGUGACACUGUUGGUCUUGUCCACUAUGAAAAGCCUUCCUACUUACCUAUGCCAGGCAUCGAUCUAUUAGUCUCCUGUAAUGUGCCUGAUAGCCCUAUAAUGCUACCUGUUGGCGACCAUGAUAUCAUAUGCCAUGUUUCAGAUCCAGCAAGUGGUCUGCAGGCAGAGUGCAGAAUGUCCUUUAAAGUCAUGCAUGAGAGCUGCCUGCCAUUAAACAGUCCCAUGAAUGGAGCACUGGCCUGUGACAUCUUUGCCGAUGGUCGGUACUGUAGUGUUCUUUGUGAAGAUGGCUAUGAUGUUCCAAGGGUGUUGACCGGAGCAGGCAUUGCAAUUUCAUUGGAUGUAUUCAUCUGUGGCACCUCUGGAUCCUGGCAUCCUCAACAAUCUGUACCCGACUGUUCAGAACCAAAGUCAUCAAAGCCUAACUUACCCCUGAAGAUCAUGUACUACCCAUCCUCGUGUUCUGAGGCUGAUGCUAGCAGUAUAGAUACUAUAUCCUCACAGUUCCUUGAGAUUCUAGAACAGAGUGACUUUGACUCUAUUUGCGACGUUAAUAGUCAGUGCUCAGUAGACAAUGUGGAGGUAUCCUGCGGGGUCAAGAAUGAACGUAGGAGGCGCUCCAUCCCUGAUCAAAGGAGACCUAAACUAGGCAGAGGAUCUGGUGGGCCUACAAGUGUGUCUAUGGUACUUCGGUUGACAGAUACAAUGAAACUUGGGCAGAGCAAGCAGCCAGAAGGCCAACACCCUCAUCAGGUUCUCCAUAAUCUAGCACAUCACAUCCAUAGUCAUGUACAGCAUCACUUCUCUAAAGCUGAUGGUGACAAGAAAGAGGAUGGAAUCCCUGGAGAUGCCGAACAUCAGCGGUUAAAGCCGGACACGACUCUUCUCUUUGGGGACGUUUUAGCGGAAUGCGAUGAGGGAUAUUACCUGGAUGAAGAUGGCUUCAAAUGCAUACCUUGCCCUGCUGGAUAUUAUCUGGAUGUCGCAUCAGAGAUCUGUACUCCAUGUAACCAAGGUUUCUUCCAAGAUGAUCAGGCUCAAACUGAAUGUAAGCCGUGCAGGGACGGAACUUCAACCAUCGACCAAGGAGCAACUCGUGCUGAACAGUGCAAAGAGCCCUGUCCAGCUGGACAUCUCUCCAAAAGUGGCUUCCAUCCUUGUACACGUUGUCCUCCAGGCCUCUACCAACCACACCCACAGCGCACAUCAUGUACACGAUGUCCUGGGAAUACUACUACAGCUAUGUAUGGAGCAACAUCUAUCAAUAGCUGUCAUAUCGUGAACUAGGAUGCCAAUCUCAAUACAUGAAUGACCGGGGCGCGCACAAGAAAUUCUUAAAUAAGGUCAAGGUCUAUGAAGGGUAAAGAUUGGCAUGAGUAAAAUAAAAUAGAUUAUUGUAGGUUUUAAAUUCAUAAAUAAUAGAUGUUGAAAUUCAAAAUCUUUCAUUUCUCAUGCCUAGCUAGGCUGAAGCGCGUAAACUUUGGUGUAUAUAGGCCGCAUGUAAUAUUUCAAAAGACUAUACUAUGAUCUGCAGAGAAUUUCCAUUAUGCCUAAAGCAAGUUGUUGUUGCUAUUGUUUUUGUUUGAAUGGCGCGAAUAACCUUUGGAUCAAUAGUUGGUAUGUGUUUUUAUUUCAUUUGUAUAAAGUAUGUACGCGAAAUAGAUUUCCAAUAAAGAAAUUUUGGUUUGUUAAUAUACCUAUUCCUGUGCAUAUUUGAAUUUCAAAGCCUUAUCGUUUUGUUGUAAAUUUGCUUAACUGAGACGACCAAGGAAAUGGGAAAUUGAUGCUAAAAAUUUACUAGCGAGUAUACAAAAAUGGGGAGUCUGAUAGUAUAUAGUGACACAGUAAACAGUAUAUCUUCUCAUUAACAUUUUACAAGCUUUUUACAUUGUUUUCUUAAUCAUUUUGUUUUAAUCCAUGUAACUGUUUGUAUCACCCUGGGUCUAGUCACACAAUUGAAAGCUGGGCUUUACUUUAGGCCAAGUAUUUAAAACUCAAAGAAAAUCAAAAUGUAUGGAUUUAUUUCUUAUAGAAAAUGUAUAUAUUGCUUUCAUAGUUGAAUGUACCUGUGAUUUUAUGAACUAUGUAAAAUAUCAUGCUAAACAGUAAGUCUCACACUCGGUGUAUUACGUAAGAUGUUUAAAUUCACGAUUGUUUUUUUGGACAAUGUAAUCAGAGCGCAAUAAUCAAGUUUGGAGAUUUGUAUUUCAGCAAGUUUCUGAUUUAUAUCAUUCGGGAAAUGUAAUUAAUAUGUUGAUUGAUUACAAUUGGAAAAUGGAAGGGUUUAUUUUAGGCUUUUGCUCAAGUGUACCAUUCCGGAUCCCAGAACAAAAAUGACAUUUUGAUUUUACUUCUCUCAUUCUCUAUAGAUGUUAAGCAGUGGAAAUACACUGUUUAGGGAAGUCAUAUACGGGAUCAAAGUGUUCAAUCUCAAAUUAUUACUUUAAUCGCUAUUUUGGAAUGAAUUUCACUGUUUCAAUUGAAGUACAUUCAAUUCCAAAGAAAUGCAAUGAUCCCUAACACGACUCCUUAAUUAUGGUUGAUUUACACUCCUCAUAGUAAUUGUUAUUUACCCAUCCUUAUCAAGUUUAUGAUUGUUGAUGACUUGACAGGUCAAUCCUUUGUAAAAAGUUCAUUUGCAUGAAAGUAUAAGAGAACAUAAUCACUAUUAACGUUGGAAAUAAAUCGAAACAAUAAUAUAAGAAAGUUACGUAUGUUUGAAAUAUGAAAUAAUUUCAUCUUCAAUUGGGACGUGAGGUAGUCACAGAAAACUAUCCAGUUUGUCGUUCACAAAAAUAUUAUUAAUUUAUGUUUUUCUCCUAAGUGCCUUUACCCUUGGGGCACUACCCAAAAUAUAUUACUUUUAGCAUAUCAUUAUAGGUUCUCCAAAAAGAAAAGACACUCAUCAGUCCUACAACAUGACAUUAUAGUCAUUUUGUGUGUUGAAACAAAAUGAUGAGAAAGUUGUCCACCACUGGGUCACAGUGACAUUACCGGUUCAGCCAAUUCGAAGUGCCCAUAUACAACUUUUAAAACGUAAUUUCUGAUUUUGUGUCCAACUUCAUUCAACUUUCAAAUGUCUCCGAUUUGUCUGCUUUCGUUUAGAGAUGUAUAUCAAGGUUACACUAUCCUUAAACAAAUAAAAUCCUAUUUAGAAGGGAAAAAACUGUUGUUAUAUAAUUUCUUCCAGAAUUACGGUUAGGUGCUUGAACAAUCAUUUCCCCAGUACUACCAUAAUGUAAAGAUAUCAUAAAAGGGGUUAUUCAUGUAUCCAUUACCGAUUCACCUAUCUAUAGGUAGGGCUGUUUUACCAUUAUGCUUGUCAUUUUUCACAGUGACAAGUUCAGGUCCCCUUUUGCUGAUUCAUGUAGAAAGAAAUAAAAAUCGCUGCAUAAAUU